UGGGUUCCAUUUGCGUUUUCUACAAGGUUUUUACAAUUAGCAUACAACUACGACCAAUCAAAAAUACUUAAAAUUUCUACUUUCACUUCAGCCAGCACUGCAAGGCCAAAAGGACGCCCUAAGAAAAGAAAAUGGAGGGCAUCACUAUUCCUGCUGGAUAGACCAGUUUCAUUUCUGAAGGAGUUUAAGAAGCUCAAAUUAAAACAUGGAUUUGGUCCACCUGCAGGAGGAGGAGAGGUUAUGAUUGACAGAGGCUGGACAAUAGAAGAAUUGAAAGCUUUUGUAAUAACACGCUUCCCAAACCAUCCUUUACACCUAGUUGACUUUAAGUUUGCUAGGUGUAAAAAAGGUUCCAGACAAGAAAUGUACAUUAUCAGACCAACAUCAGUAGCCGAGCUAGCCCGGGAAAUAAAGGCAGGGAAAAUAUACAUUAUUCCCAUGAAGCAACUGCCAUAUACAAAGGAUGACAAUGAUCCAGCCAACACUAUUGUUGAUGAUGAUGACUUACCAAGUCUGAGAAGUGACAGUCCAUAUCGCCAGAUAAGCGGCACAGACAAUGAAAGUGACUCUAUUUCAGUAGCAAAGGAUGAUAGUGAUAGUGAUAUUCCUGCAUGUUCUUCUACGAUGUCUACUCUGUGUCCAAAUUGCCAUCGCACAGUAAAUGAAGGUCAAUGCAUUCAUUGUAGACAAGACCAAGAAUAUGAACAAUCAUUGGCAACAGACCGAGAAAGGGAUAGAAGGUCAGAAGAAAGAACAUCUGCAGUAAACAGACAGCAAGAGGAGGCAAGAAAAGAAGAGGAUAGACUUCAAGAGAUAAGAAACAGGAGAAAAAACAGACUUCCAAUAGAGCCCACAAGUGGCAUUAAACUAAAAUUCAGGACAAACUCAAGUUGGAAUGAUUUUACUCGAUCAUUUUUACCAUCAGAUGAAGUAAAUGUAUUGCUGAAUUUUGUGGGAAGUCUGGAUGAGGCAACUGAGCAUUUUAGAAUUACUUUUCCACAGUGUGAGCCAAUCGAGUCAGUCUUUCAGAGCAGCACCAUUUCUGACAUGGGAAUUAUAUCCAAUACCUUGGGUAGAGUGACUUGGUUAACAGAACCCAAAGUAUCAACAACAGAACCUGUGACAAUUAACAAGGAAAACAAUACAUUGGUGUUAAAAGCUAAAACAGUGUCUACUUUCCAAAAGUCAUUAGAAAAGAUUUCAUCCUUCCUCGACUAUGCAGGAAUAGACUAUUUUUCUUGCAAAAAUGCAGAGGAUGCAGAGAUACUUAUACAGAAGGCUGUCCAUUCCUAUCUAUUUGACAGGACAAGUCAAGCAUUAGAGAGAUUUAAAUCUGGUCUCAGAACAUUGGGUGUGAUGGAGAAUAUUGGGAGUCUCAAGAAGCUGUUCCUGUAUGAAAACAAAGCAUUGAACAGAGAUACCUUUGAAAAGGUGUUCAACUAUUGUCUUUCAGAUGAAGGUAGCAACGACCAUCAAACUGAGACAGCAAUUGUUUCUUUAUGGCGGGAUUUCUUAGACGACAUUGAAGAUGAAGAAACUGAUGUGACAUUUCAAACCAUACUUAUGUUCACGACAGGAUCAAAAACAAUACCACCAUUGGGGUUUGAUCCUAGCCCAUCAGUCACCUUCUGGAAGGAACGAUUCCCGAAGGCAACAACGUGCACUAACACUCUUGUUCUGCCAACCUUAUCUACCGAUUACGACUCAUUUGUGCAAAACAUGAAGUUCGGUAUUUUAAAUACACAAGGCUUCAUGUUGGAGUGAAAUUAAAGAGCUAUAUUUGUAUGAAUGCAUGACUUGAUGUAUAUGUUUUGUUUGUUCUGCUUUUGUUCUGUAGGUUUUAAAAGUUCUUCAGAGAGUAAUUGAAUCAAGGGAAUUGUGGGUAGUUAUCAGAAAAUUGCCAAUCAACUAAAUAAAUAGAAAAACUGAA